ACAAACACCGGUAAAGCUUAUGCUUCCAUCAUAAUCAUAAUUAUAAAAUACAGCAUUUAUCGCUGGAAACAAGCAAAAUUAGUCGUUUAUCAAUUGUACGGUUUAUUCUAGUAGUUCAAAAGUGACGAAUAACAUGAAUAUUUCUACUGAUUUUGGGCCGGAUUCCGGAGGUCGCGUUAAAGGCCUUACAAUCGUAAAACCUCUGGUAUAUGGUAACAUUGCCCGAUCUUUUGGUAAAAAACGUGAAGAAGAUGGCCAUACCCAUCAGUGGACGGUCUACGUAAAACCGUACCGUAACGAGGACAUGUCCACAUACGUCAAGAAGAUUCACUUCAAACUGCACGAAAGUUAUGUUAACCCAAACAGGGUUGUCACGAAACCACCCUUCGAGGUAACCGAAACCGGCUGGGGAGAAUUCGAAAUCGUGAUAAAGAUACAUUUUCAUGAUCCAACCGAACGGCCAGUUACAAUGUAUCACAUUUUGAAACUUUUCCAAUCGCCAGUUCUGGACGGGGAAGCUUCGAAUCAACUGGAAGGAAAGAAGGUAUUAGUCUCCGAGCAAUAUGAGGAAAUUGUGUUUCAGGAACCGACACAGCUGAUGCAACAGCUCUUAACCAACGUACAGCCACUUACCGGUGGUUCGUGGAAGCAUGAUACUGAUUUUGAGGAAAAAAAGGUACAGUCACUCGAAAACAUCAUCGAAACUAAAGGCAAAGUAAAAUCGGAGAUUGCUCUAUUAAAGGAAAAGCUAAAGCUAGCACGAGAAACCAUUGCCAAGUUCAAAACAGAGAUCGGAAAAGUGCAAGGCCAACAACCGAAUACGUGAUAAUGAUGGAUACUAUUCGUGUUUGUUCUCAAUAAAUAAGUUGUUAGAUCAUAAAAUCACCAGAAGCAUAUUUGUAUAAAACGCUAAAAUUGAACAACAAUUUCAUUUGUAGUGGGCUCAUGCAUUUCGAUGUUUGACCCUAUAUUGUGUACUUGAGGCGAUGGACUAAACCUGCGACUGUGUGUUAAUACUCUAUAUGACAACUUUGUAAAUUUACAAAA